AUGAAUGAAUCAAGAAGAGUCAGAUUCGGUUUCUCAUUCGUCUUCUUCAUUAUCAUCUUGUUCUCUGAGGGAUUUUUACCGGUAUAUUCAGAUGGAGCGGAAAAUGAUGGUGUUGCGAAGAAAGAAGAGAAUCCGUCGCUUGUAAAGAUCAUAAGCGGGAUUUUCGGCAAGAAAUUUCCUCCGAGUUCUUGGGAAUUGAUUCAAGGUGUAAUGCAGAAGAUCCAGAUGAAGCUUUACCCUCCAAAUCUAAAUUUCAGAAGUAACAGCGACAAAAGCAACAGCGAGAAAGAAGGAGAAGAUAAAGCAGAGAAAGUGAAAGAGGCAGCGACAAGAAGUCUUGAAGUAAGCAAAGAAGCUAUAAAAGAGUCUGCAAAACUAGCAGGAGGUGUUGUAGGAGAAGUAGUUCAGAAAACAGCUGAGAAAGUUACCAAACAAACCUCACAUGAUGAAAUGUAA